AUGCUUGCUUUCUCUGGCAUUGAGAAUACGCCUAUAGUCAAUACAGAUACAGACAGGGCGACUGCGAGUAACAACAUGGGCGGGUUUACCGAGGAAGAAGGUUCGUUGGUGUUGCCGGAUGGAACCAGCUUGUAUACAAAGACCUGGAAGCCUGAGGGAACCCCCCGAGCAAUCCUUGCGUUUUACCAUGGAUACAGUGACCAUUGCAACUCGUUUUUUGAAUUUUUCCCAACCCUAGCAUCAUCUGGGCUCGAGGUGCGCUCCGUCGAUCAACGAGGAUGGGGACGAUCCGUCAUCAACAACCGCAAACUCCGCGGUAACUUCGGCUCAACAACCACCGUCAUGGCAGACUUACACUUCUUCCUGCAGUCUCUCAUCCCAUUCACCAAAGAAGGCUCAAUCCCUCUGUUUUUGAUGGGACAUAGUAUGGGUGGUAUGAACGUAUUGUACUACGUUCUGAACCCCGAAUCACCAUACCAUCACCAACAAGACAGCACUCCAACAACCAAAGUCAAGGUUGCAGGUAUCCUGUCCGUGGCACCCUUGGUUGCUGUGCAUCCGUCAACCCAACCGCUCAAAAUCGUGGAAUUCGCGGGCCGCAUCGCAAGACACAUCGUGCCCAAAAUGACCAUGGUGCAAAAGGUAGAGCCCAAAUGGGUAUCCAAAAACACCGCCGUUGAGGCGGAUAUCAUCAACGAUAAGGGCGUUUUAUUUCAUAGUACGGGUACCUUGGAAGGGUUGGCGGGUAUGUUGGAUCGUGGCGCGUGGCUGAAUGAGUGCUACAAAAAGGCGACGGUUCAUAAGAGGGAUGUGCCGCCGUUGUGGGUGGGACAUGGCACGGAGGAUCGGGUUACAUGGUUUGAGGCUACGAAGAAGUUGGUGGAAGGGUUGGAGUGGCAUGGAGAUAAGACUUUUAAGGAGUAUGUGGGUGCGUAUCAUAAGUUGAUGAAUGAGCCGGAUGGGGUUGGGGAGGGGAUGACGAAAGACGUCACGGAGUGGAUUGAGGCGAGGUUGGUGAAGGAUGAUGCCUGA